CGUUGUUGUUAAGCUUUGUCCGAAGUUUCUCAUAUCCUCCUUUACCCUUUCACACUCUCAGGCUAUUGUCGAAACAAGAACUCAACCAAAGUUUAUUAACUCCUCCUAAUCUCGAAUCAAUGGGGAAAACCCUCAUCGAAAUCUGUUUGAUAUCAGCAAGAGGACUCCGAGUCGGAACCGGAUUCGGAUCCUCGCUACUGAAACACCAAUGGUACGCCGUUGGAUGGAUCGAUCCAGAAGACAAGUACUGCACGACCAUCGAUGCUUCGAGAUCAGACAACCCUCUUUGGAGAACAAAGUUCGCUACUUUACUCGACGACGACGAUGAUGAUGAUUCCAAGGUUCAGGCCGGCUUGCACGUUGAGGUUUAUAGCAGAGAACCAUUCUUCUUGAGGAAGAAGCUUCAUGGCACUGCUACUGUUUCCUUGAAGGAGUUUCUAGCUAAGUUUAAGAAACAGAGUUCUUCUGUUGUUGAGGAAACUGGAAGCUAUCAGCUUAGGAAGACGAACUCAAUUAAGCCUCAAGGGUUUGUUGAUGUGUCGGUCCGUAUAUCUGCUGAAAGACAAGACUUUGGCGGUUUUACUGGAGAUUUUGGAGGAGUCAUGCUCUCUAACAACUCUGGUCAUAACACUUCAGGGCAAAACUACAUGCCCGGUUCAUCACAGCAUCCAUUUGCUUCAUUGAACCAGCCAAACAAUCCAAAGCCCUUCUCAAUCCCGCCAGAUAACCACCACUCCUCAAUGCCUAAUCCUCUAACGAACAACGCGUCCCCACAAAUGCAACAACCUUACUAUCCUCCUCCUCCACCAAUUCAGCAACCUUACUAUCCUCCCCCACCACCACCAGCAACUUCGAACGGAGGCUACGUGCCUUCAUACAUCCCGAGAUCAGCGAACGCUGUGAACCUUCCAUCAUCAUCAUCCUUUGGAGGAGCGGGAAGAGGAUACGCAAGGCCUGGACCAGGGGGUUCUGCGGGACUGGGAGCUGGUGCAAUAGUUGGAGCUGCUGCAGCUUUCUAUGGCAGGGACUAUCUAUCAGGAGGAUUCGACUUACCUACUAGCUUAUCUCUCCCAAGUGUCUCCAUCCCAAAUAUCCCCAUCCCCAAUAUCUCUAUCCCAAAUGGCUCCAUUUCCAUCGAUCCUCCGUUUUGACAACACUCCUGAGUCUUUGAACCAUUAUAUGAAGCAGCACAACUCGAUCAGCAUGGCUGUAUUGUGAAUGUUAUCUGAAAUUUUAUUAGACUAUAUAUGUAUUUGAUAUGAUAAGAUGUAUUUGAUUCAAACUGAUGGGGAUUGAAUCUUUGAUUUGUAGUGUAUUAAUAGUAAUGUAGAUCCUUCACUCGAAGGAGCAAAUAUGGAGUGAAUUAAACCG